ACUAAAGCCAAUGCAUUUUGUGUCAAAACUUUUAGGGCAUACGUAAGUGUCAAUCUUUUUGGCGCACUAUUUUCUGCGUACUUGGCGUCGGCGUCGCCUGUCAACAAUAAAUUUUCUUCUGCAGACUCGCAACGAUUUCGCAUUCUCCAAAUAAGGAUCCGGCAUUGUAUAGUCAGAACACAACAAAUCUGUCGCCCCCGCAGUCACGGCGUUACGUCAUCUUUUCAGUUUCAGGUUUAUCAUAUUUAUUAUACGAACGAUUAAUUUGAAUAUAUAAAGAGUUGGACGGUGUUUACAUGUCUGGCUCUUGUGGGAUGUCAAGGUAGAUGUGUUGAUUCUUUCCAACGGUGAGGUAUCCGGAUCAGUCCGUGUUAAAGUGACUAGCAGUUAACAUCGUAUCAACAGAAGAUCGCUACCUGUCCAGAGGUUAUGACAAUAAUGUACACGAACCGAACUGCUAUUACAGUGUACGAGGGAUGUCUUUUAAGUUUUGCAUAUGGAAAUAAAACAACACGAAGGUGAUGAGCUAGCAAAAAGGAAUACAAUGAAAUUAUACAUAUAAAUGAAUAAGGUGUAAAAAGGCAGUCACAUAGUUCACAGUCACAUAGGUGGGGCCGCAGAUCCUGUUCGGGUUAUUACUGGCCCUGUAUGUUGCAGGGACCCACGGUAUGCUCCACCCUUACUAUUCAACCUGUGAGACUGGCACAUGUACUUGUACUGCCAGUACUUGCGGUCGCAAUGCACAGUGUUCUAUCGUUGGUGGACGUCCUGUAUGUUCUUGCCUACGAGGACACUCUGGAGAUCCUUUGACCAACUGCAUAAGAGCAGAAUGUUUGGAUACCAGUGACUGUCCUGGUCAUAAGACUUGCAGUGCCGGGAACUGCAUUGAUCCCUGUGCUGGAGUAUGCGGUGCGAACGCAAACUGCGAAACAAGGAAUCACGUGCCAAUUUGUAGUUGUCCUGCUGGAUUUACCGGAGAUCCUUUCACCGGAUGUAGAAGGUUUGAUCCUGAGGAGCUUUGUCAUCCCAGCCCCUGCGGUACUAACACCAAUUGCGAGGUACGCAACGGAGUACCAACUUGCACUUGCUUGCCCGGCUACCAUGGUUCUCCUCUAGCCGGAUGCCGCCAUGAAUGUGAAUCUGACGCUGAAUGUGGACCCUCGCUAGCCUGUAUCGAAUUCAAAUGUCAAAACCCAUGCACCAGUCAAUGCGGUGUCAACGCUGAGUGUGAAACGGUCAGCAGCCAUAGAGCGGUAUGCAAAUGCCCCAAGAACUAUUUCGGCAACCCGUACUCGUCCUGCCAGCCAGAAUGCUACGGCGAUAAGGACUGUCCAAGCCACAAGCCAGCUUGUUUCUACGGCAUCUGCAAGAGUCCCUGCGAAGGUGCUUGUGGAGUAGGAGCGAACUGCGAGUUAAGGGGACUAACGCCUGUGUGCUCGUGCCCAAGGGACAUGACUGGAGAUCCUUUCGUCAGGUGUAGACCAUUUGAAGCCAGAGACCUUUGCGAGCCGAACCCUUGCGGCAGGGAUGCCCACUGUGAGCCAGGGCAUGAUAGGACAGGAAAAGAGCGACCAGUCUGUACUUGUCCAUUCGGAUAUACUGGUGACCCACUGAAGGCCUGCUUCAAAGGAGAGUGUACCGAGGAUGCACAGUGUGCUGAUCAUCAAGCUUGCAUUGAUUACAAAUGUCAAAACCCAUGCCAUAGCCAAUGUGGCGUGAACGCAAACUGCACUCCUAGACGCCAUCUGGCGGUCUGUACUUGCCCUACGGGUUACCAGGGAGAUGCUUUGAUAGAAUGCCAUCUCAACCAGGGUACCGAAGUUGGACAUUAUCGAGCAGCCGGAGCCAGAUCGUAUUUCUGCAGAACUUGCUAAGCUUCUUACAUUGUACAUUUUCUAACAUAUCAAAUAAAAAACAAAAGAUCGUCCCCUAUGCAGUUAUAAUUGAGACUAUUUGUUGGCAGAAAUAAAAAUCAUUCAAAAGGAAGGAUAUUAAGAACUCUUUUCAGUGGCACUGUCUAAUGUAUAUGAAUAAUACAAUCUGACUGCAAAAUCUCGGUUACUUGAUUUUUUUAUACAUUAUAUUGGUUAUACUCUCAAUUCUUCAUGUUAAAAUACGAACUGGUGCUAAUAGAUUUGAUGAUUUCCUGCCAUAAAGCAUGAAUGUCCUACAUUGUUUGUUGUACUAUUUUUAAUAAAUCCAUUUUCAUUGUUGA